AUGCCACCAUCAACCAACAACAAACCCAAGGGUAAAAGAAAGAGCAAAAAGCACCCUUCACAAACCCACGUCAGCUCCGUUCAAGACCGUGAUCAGACUCAUAGACCUAGUCCGGGCCCCAGCAACACGGUUACGCAACACAAUCCCCAGUUCUUGGCCACUUCACGACCCGGUAAACAUCGAUCUUCCAGCAAGUUUGCCUUUGGUGCUGGUGGCUCAAGCGCUACCGUGGCACCCAAGAUGGCGGAAGCCUUCACUCACGAUCUGGUGAGCCAGAUGGAGUCGGCCUUUCAGAUCACGGAUGAGGCGAAGGUUGAUUUGACCAUGCCGGUGGUGUCUGAGGAGCGCAUGACUGACAAGGGCAAGAAGAAAGAUGAGAACGACAUGGACUGGGAGCAGCAGGUCUCGCCUAGAGAGAACGUAUUUAAGAGAAGACUGAGAGCGUUGACUGGAAGCUCGCCGAAGACUCCUUCAUCUGGCCUGGGACCUGAUCGCAGACGCGCGAGCCUCGGCGCAUCCUCCCUUUCUGUUGGAUCUGAUUCACUGACAGGCCGCGAUGCCAAUUUGGCAGUUGGUCCUCUAAAGCGCCCGGGCAUUGAAGGAAAGCGUUCCUUUACUUCUCCCUCUGUGCCGCUGAAGUUGAAAUACAUCUCGCCCACUGAUUACAUGCUUGUUGACAUGGAUCUUCCUGAGACUCGACCCAUUCCCAAGGCCCCUGAGCCCGGUCUUCUGCCGAAAAUGAAAGACGCCGCACAGCAGGCCAUGGGCAAGAAGAAGUAUGACGGUACAAAGCCAUCAAAUAAAUACCACCAGACGGCUCUGCAUAUCAAUAACGUGGACGGCAAGACAUCGGAAUCCACAAACAAGAAGCAGGAGCUGAUCGAGUAUGCGCGCAGCGUGACUGGCACCGAGGUGAAGUUCCGCGACCUCAACAAUCCCAACGCGAAGCAGAGAAAGGAUGACGACCGGGUCUGGGACACCGUGAACCUCAGAUGCAUCGGCUGCCGCGGUGACUGCCCGGUUUGCGGCGGUGCAUGUUGUAUCUACGGAGACGCUAUCAGAACCAUCGAUGAUGAGUGCGCAGACGCUGAGAAGGUCGGAAAGGCGAAGCGCAUCCUCGAGGCCAUCGAGAGCCUGAGCCCCAUGAUCAUGGAUGCGGAUACCUACCAGCUGUGUAGCCAGCCGGGCGGUUGUGGUCGUUACGUAUGCCCUAGCUGCUGCGGCGUGUGUCCGAAUGGGAUCUGCCGCGACGUGCAGUGUAAGGAAGCACCGCGGCCGGCCAAGGGCAGCCGAGGUCACGUGUCGCACUUUAGCGAGCGCACCCGCACCACAAUUGUGCCAGACUUCGCGAUCCGCUACGCCGCAGAGACCGAAUCGACUCAACCACCCAACGCCAACCGACAACAUCUCGUCUCGCCCGGUCGCGCAUCUCCGACGUUCAAGAUGCGUACCUACGACGAUUCUUUCAGCGGUCAGAAGAUCUACCCCGGAAAGGGUAAGCUGUACGUCCGUGGCGACAGCAAGAUCUUCCGCUUCCAGAAUGGAAAGUCCGAGUCCCUCUUCCUCCAGCGCAAGAACCCUCGCCGGAUAGCUUGGACUGUCCUCUACCGUCGCCAGCACAAGAAGGGUAUCUCUGAAGAAGUCGCCAAGAAGCGUACCCGCCGUGCUGUUAAGCACCAGCGUGCCAUCGUCGGUGCCUCCCUCGAUGUGAUCAAGGAGCGCCGCAACCAGCGCCCCGAGGCCCGUGCCGCCGCUCGCCAGCAGGCCAUCAAGGACGCCAAGGACAAGAAGGCCGCCUCUGAGAGCAAGAAGAAGGCUGAGAAGGCCAAGCUCGCCGCCAACAAGGGUGGUGCUCAGCGCAUCCAGAGCAAGCAGGGCGCCAAGGGCUCUGCUCCCAAGGUCGCCGCCAAGUCGCGUUAA